GAUUCGUGGUGGAAAAUAUGUUGGCAUCCCCACCUAUAUAAGCCCAUAAAUGUACAGUUCAUUUAAAUCAUUUCGAGCAUCCAAAUAAGUACGUUCAAAAUGAAGUUGCUUUCGGUUCUGGCUUGCGUUUUCCUUUGUGUGUCCGUCACAUGUGCUCAAGAAAGCUGCAAUGGACUUCCUAGAGACGGUCUGAAUUGCGAACGCGGAAAGAAUGAAGGACUCAGUGGAUGGAACUGUCAAAGAUAUGCUAUGAAAGAAAUGUGGUACUGGGACCAGAGAUCUAGGAAGUGUCGAAAGAUGAGGUAUCUCGGAUGUCGUGGCAACAAAAACCGCUAUUGCUCAUUAAGUCACUGCCAAAGAUUAUGUCCCAAUCGACCUUAG